GGACCCUACAAAGAGCCUCUGACCGCAUCUGCCUAGGGAAGCCCUGAGGACAGCCAUGACAGCCAGACCGCACUGUGUGCUAGUGGUCCUGCUGCUGGCAGGGCUUUCCAGGUUUGCAGUAGGAAAUUCUAAUCCUGGGUUCGUGGCAAGAAUCACCAAGAAAGGCCUGGAAUAUGCCCAACAAUAUGCAGUCACCAUCCUGAAGCAGAAGCUGUCCACUGUCAGUUUGCCUGACUUAACAGGAAGUUUUAAAAUGGGUUGGUUUGGACGAGUCAGCUAUAACUUUUACAACCUGAAGAUCCAUCACUUUGAGAUUUGGAACUGGAAUCUACAUCUGCUUCCUAAUCAGCACAUAACAGUUUCUUUGCCCAAUAACGACAUAUUUUUGGGUGGAAACUGGAAGGUGAAAAAGGCAUUCAUUGACCUACAGGGCAACUUUGAUCUGACAGUGUACAGCAUUUCCAUCUCAGUUUCUCUGAAUUUUGGGAAGGACCAGUCUGGAAGACCCACUGCCUCUGUGGCCCAGUGCAGCAACUCCAUUGGCCGUGUCAGGGUUCACAUUUCUGGAAGCUUAAGCUGGAUCCUAAACCUCUCCCAUGAAGGAAUUGAAAACAAUAUCAAAAGAAUAUUGCAACAAAAGAUCUGUGAGAUGAUCAGGCAGUCCACCACUUCUUACCUGGAGCCCUAUCUCAGAACUCUACCAGUCACCGUGAUGAUUGAUGAGACUGCAAGCCUGGAAUACAGAUUGGUAGGCGCACCCCAGGUGACUUCUGAAGGCCUGGAUACUCCCUUCAAGGGUGAAUUCUUCAACCCAAUCCAACCUGCACCAGCGCCUUUUGGAGCCCCACCCAUGAUGCUGCCACCACGACAUGACCACAUGAUUUACUUGGCAAUCUCUGAAUACACAUUCAACACAGCCAGCUGGGUUUAUCACAAGGCUGGGUACAUGAAGGUCAUCAUCCGAAAUGAACAUCUGAGGAAUCUGAUAAAGCUGGCUGCCAGUGAAUCAGCUAAAAAGUGGCGGGAGCAGAAUCUAAGGCCAGGAUGUCAGCUGUUCAAGUCUACAACUCUAACCACCAUGGCGUCCUGCUUCUCCAAUAACUUCCUGCCUCUCCUACAGCAGAUGCCCCUAAACUUCUCAACCCUUCUGCACACCAGCUCUUUCCAGAUGCUGGUCCCUCAGCUGGCCAGGACAUACCCCAACAUGGAGGUGGAACUUGAGGCAUCGCCUGAGUCUGAACCGCUCUUGACUUUCACUCCUGGGAAUGUGACCCUCUCACCAGUGAUAAAUAUCCAAGCUUUCGUCCUCCUACCCAACUCCUCUGACCACAGGCCACUCUUCCAGCUCAGGGCGAAUACCAGUGUUUCCAUCAACGUCAGUGUGAACUCCAGCAGGAUUGUUGGCUCAGUAACCACAGGAAGUGAGCUGAAGCUUCAACUGAAACAGUCCAGUGUCAGCGACAUCAAUGUGGAGCUAAUGGAAACCAUCCUCAACUACUAUGCGUUCAAUAUUAUAUACCCGGCCCUCAAUGCAAAGCUCGAGGAGGGCUUCCCACUCCCUCUGCCCAGGCAGAUCUACCUCAACAACGUGGAACUCCAAAUUCACAAAAACUUCCUGCUCAUAGGAGCUGAUAUCAAUUAGGUGAAGGAUGGAGGAGACAGGAGCGGAAGAGAACCCCAGGCUGCAGCCUCUUCCUCCAGCUUUCUGCCCCAUGGACAGUGGCCACCAAUGAACCUGUCACAUUUGAAGCCAUGGACACGGGACACUCCCAAACUUGCUCCUUUCUGUAUUCCCACACCUUCUCUUUACAGCUAUCAGUCUAACCGAGGGAGCUCAACCUGA